AUGAACAAGCUGUGGGCACGUCUCUUUUCGACUUCUAGGGCGGCCAGAAAGCCUGGAUAUUCUAGCGUGGAGCCAGUUCACCAUCUUGUUAAGAUCAAGAAAGCUGCAUUGAGUCCCAAAUAUCAACCAUUAUUGAUUCCUAAAGAUGACAUUGAGUCUAUAGGUUUCAAACCAACAGAAAUAAGUCAAGAUAGAGUUACAGAACACUAUUACAACACUUUGCAAAGUGACUUAUUGUUGCAUUUUUACGAGCAUGAGGGCGAAGUAGUUGAAGGUGCAAAGAAGAGAGAGUGGGCUCCUGAUUCUCCAUAUGCGUUGUAUCGUAACUUGAAGAAGCCAAAAGGAGUUGGCCGUGCUACAAAGGACAUCAAGCCUAUUGGUCCACACAAUGUACCAGAACUUACAAGUAUUUCUAUCAACUUGUACAACAAAGAAGCUUUGGAAGAUUCGUGGCUUAACAUUUCCAGCAGAUUGCAGGUUGCGCAAAUUACGAAUGUCAAGGCAAAGCAGUUAUACAACAGAUCCAACAUUUUGCCAUGGAAGGUGAGAGAAGGCAAGCCUUGUGGCUGCAAAGCAGAAUUGACAGGACGAGACAUGACUCAGUUUUUGAGUACUUUGACAGAGUUGGUUUUACCUAGAGUGAGAACAUUUCAAGGUAUCAAGAAUACCUCUGGAGACAACAAUGGAAACAUUACUUUCGGUUUGGAUCCAGAAGACGUAAAGUAUUUCCCGGAGAUCGAAAAUUUCCAAGAGUUGUUCCCAAACAUUUUUGGUUUUAACAUCACGUUCAAGACGACUGCGAGAACGGACGAAGCAGCAAGAACGUUAUUGAGUUCUUUGGGAAUGCCAUUCUACGAUCCAGCUUAG